AUGUGCCGGGUAUGUCGUGGUGAUGAUGGUCAUCUAUACUACCCAUGUCUUUGUACCGGAAGUAUAAAGUACGUUCAUCAAGAAUGCUUGACGGAAUGGCUGAAAUACAGUAAAAAGGAAGUCUGCGAACUAUGCAAUUACAAAUAUUCCUUCCAACCUAUAUAUCGACAUGACAUGCCAAAAGCUCUUCCGCUUGCUGAAAUUCUUAAAGGUUACUAA